AUGGGUUUUGAAAUCAAGAUCAGGUUAGAUGACGAAGACGAUUCUUUGACUAGAAGACAAGGAGGAAUUUGUCAGAACGACCAUGGAGUUCCUCUUGUGACGUGGAUCAAUGAAGAGGAGACAGUUCUGGGAGUGGGCUCUGUGUUCAGAGUUGAUAAGGAUACGAAAUGCAUAGGACCUUUCCUUUACACGAGUACAGCCCGAAACAAAGUCUUUAUAGAGUGUCUUCUAGAGGAAACUAAUCAGAGACGGAGUAUUGAUAUUUGUAAUCAAGAAGCUAGCAAACUCGGUUUUGAAAUUGUAAGGAGAUAUGUUAUAUGGAACGAAGAUGAUACCGCUCAGAGACGGAGUAUUGAUAUUUGUAAUCAAGAAGCUAGCAAACUCGGUUUUAAAAUUGUAAGGAGAUAUGUUAUAUGGAACGAAGAUGAUACCGCGUAA